GCUGUAUUGACCCUCCCUCUAUCCUUAUUCUUAUUUGCCAUUACUAGCCCUCCCUCUGAUUCCCUCUCUUCUCUCCCCCCUCUCUCCUUCUCCCUCCUCCCAUCUCAGUCUCUUUCUCUCUCGGUUUUAAUUCUCACUCCAACAGAAUGGAAAGUAUAUCUGUCAGCUUCUGCCACUCUGGGAGUCAACCAUAUACAGACUCACAAUUGCACGUUUGCCAUGCAAACAUAGCUACAUAAACAGACCCACAGUGCCACUGACACAAACUGUGUUGAUUGUUUCCCUUGCCACCCUCUGAUGUCCGUUCCGGUGCAAGGCUGCUUCUCCAAGAACUGCACAGAAGAUCAGAGACAUGUCUGGAAAGUUGGGUCCUUAACCAUCGUUAGGCUCUCUUCGCUGAUUGGAGGGUGGUUUCACUAUGCUGAUAUCAGUGCUGCCUUUACUUCUCCUGCUUCUCCUCACCCUUCCCCUGAAUGGAUGGACUUCCAGACCCCCCCGGGUUUACCUGUCCUACAGAGACCUCAUGGAGUCCCGCUCAGCUCGUUCCUUCACCUUUGGAUUUAACACCAGCGAUUACCGGAUUCUUCUUCUAGAUCAGGACCAGGACCGGAUGUAUGUUGGGAGCCGUGACUACCUGCUGUCUCUGGACCUCGGAAACAUCAACCGUGAGCCAUUGAUUAUUCAUUGGCCAGCUCCUCUAAACCGUCACAAGGAAUGCCUCAUGGCUGGGAAGGGACGUGCUGAUGAGUGCUACAAUUACCUACGUCUCAUUCAGCCACUGAAUCGAACACAUCUGUACGCUUGUGGAACAGGAGCCUACCAGCCACAGUGCGCGCUCAUCUACAGGGGCUGGAGGUCCGAGGACUACGUGUUCCGGAUUGUCUCAGGCUCUAUUGAGUCAGGGAAAGGGAGGAGUCCAUAUGAUCCCAAGCAAGAAAACAUGGCAACAAUAAUAGAUGGAGUGCUUUAUGCCGGCGUUCAAGUAGAUUACAUGGGGACAGACUCUGCUCUUUUCCGCACAAUGGGGAACAAACCUCCAAUUCGAACAGAGCAAUAUGAUUCUCGCUGGCUGAAUGAGCCUUUGUUCGUGGGGUCGCUGGUGGUCUCUGAGAGCAGUUUCAAAGAGGAUGACAAGCUGUAUAUCUUAUUUCGCGAGAGAAGCCUUGAGGGAGAGACUGGCCCUGCUGUGCUCUCUCGAAUUGCUCGUAUUUGCUUGAAUGAUGAGGGUGGUCUGCGUUCUCUGGUGGGAAAGUGGACUUCAUUUCUCAAAGCCCGACUUGUUUGUUCUGUGAUUGGACAAGACGGAGUUGAGACUGCCUUUGACCAAUUGCGUGACAUUUUCAUCCAGCAGACUCAGGAUAAACAUAACCCAUUGAUUUAUGGGGUCUUUACUACAUUAGGUUCAGUGUUCCGGGGCUCUGCCGUCUGUGUUUACUCUCUUGCUGACAUCCGUGCUGUGUUUAAUGGGCCAUUCGCUCACAAGGAGGGACAUGGGUACCAGAUGACUUCAUAUUCGGGGAAAACACCGUUUCCCCGCCCCGGAGCGUGUGCAGGCGGCUUCUCUGUUCCAGGAAUUCGCUCCAGUAAACACUUUGGGGAGGAUGUGCUGAGGUUUGUGCGCACUCACCCUCUAAUGUACAGCUCUGUGUACCCUGUGAAUCGCAGACCCCUUCUCUUGCUCUCUGAUGCUACGUACACCUACACCAGCAUCGCUGUGGACUCCGUGCCCGCUGCUGAUGGGGAAUAUACAGUUCUUUUCUUGGGCACGGAUCGUGGUACCAUCCAGAAGGUAAUGAUCCUGCCACGUGCCACUGAAGAGACAGAAGGGCUUAUCCUGGAAGAAGUGGAGGUUUUCAGAACGUCAUCUCCAAUCAAAAACAUCAAAAUAUCUUCAAAGAGGCAUCAGCUUUACGUGUCAUCAGAUGUGGGCGUUACCCAACUGUCUCUUCACCGCUGCUCUGGCUACGGAGACUCCUGUGCAGACUGCUGCCUUGCUCGAGACCCCUACUGCGCUUGGGAUGGAAAGGCCUGUGCACGAUAUACCCCCUCGCCUACAAGGAGAAGUCGUCGGCAAGAUGUAAAAAAUGGAGAUCCCCAUAGACAGUGCAGAGGAUACAACACACAAAUGGAUCGGGGUGUCACAGAACGGAUGCAGAUCGGGGUGGAGGGCGGGAGUGUAUUCCUUCAGUGUGAUACACACUCUCCACUUGAAAGUGUCACUUGGCUCCUGCAGAGAGAAGGCACACAGCACAGAAAAGAGGUGCGACUUCCAAUGAUGGAAGGGGGAGCAGUGUUGCGUUCUGUACAAAUUAAUGACGCAGGAGUAUACACCUGCCUGGGUACUGAAAAUGGCUUCAGACGCUCUCGUGGCAAAAUAAGGCUCAACAUCUUGCCCAGGGACAUGCUGGAAAAACUGACCAUGCUGCCUACCCAGAUUCCACUGCCACUACAAUGCCCACCGCCACGCAGACAAAGACCACGACCAGUAACCCCUCAAUCGGACAGAAAUUGACAGUAUUCUAUCCAUGCCAAGCAGACAGCAAGAGCUGGUCAGCAGAAACUCCAUCCAACAGGAGACUACCCAGCUCACUCAGAAAAUACUGGCAAGAAAGUGGUUGAGCAGUGUGUUGCAGUGAAAGAUAAAUAGGUUUAGUGCAGGGAUAGGCAUCCUAUGGCUCUCUGGCUGUUGAUGAUCUGCAACAACUGGGACUGACAGAGGAUCAUGGGAGUUCAUUAGCCUCUAGAGAGCCACACAUGGCCUAUCCUUGGGAUUAGUAAGACAUUCCAGAGCAGUGGAUGGUUUAGAGGACUGUAUGUGUGUAUAGAGAGGGUGUGUAUAGUAUUUAACACAAAACACUGGAUGGCAUAUCUCAUAUACCCACUCAUACAGGAGCAGCCCUUCUCAAAAAACGCUCAACCCCAAUGUGGAAGUUUUUUGUUUUUGUGUGUUUUUGCAUUCUACUCCAGCAGUUUGUUAUGGGGCGGUGAUUAUUUAAGGUGUACCUGCACAAGGAGACGGCACAGAAAUGGGAGGCAGAUACGCUUCAAUGGCUAUGAAUGAUUAACUGUGGACAUUUAAUUAUUGGCCCACUUGUAAUUUUUUUUUUCUAGUAAUAUCUGAUUCACAAUCUCAAAAACAAGAAAUGAAAUCUAUUUUGUA